CUGAAAGCAUCACAGCCAGGGCUCUUGGCACUCGUUACGUCGCUGGGAGCUAAUGAGUCCCCGCCUCCACCGCCUGUUGAGCGGCGGCUCUUCACUCCCAGGAGCCGCAGUGAAGUUCUGGUGAGCUUCACGUUGAGGAUCAAACUUUCGGCAUCUCUCGCCGUCGGCUUGUGUCACACUUUGUACCGGACAGUCUGGGCUACAUUUCAUUCACUUCCCAGCAGCAAUGACGUUCCGGAGGCUGAAGAAGGUGAACUCCAGCGGGGUGGACGGAGGAUCCGCAUCACAGGACAACGACAUUUAUUUCCCGUCGUCAAAGUCGGACAGCUGCAGGACGGUGGACCUCCCGGCGAACUCCUCCGAGGUUUAUAACUACAAGACUCUGGCUUAUUCUGGGGGCACGCUGCCCAGAAACUUCAAGAAGGGUGGAGGCUCGCAGAAGUGGAAACCCCUAACGCUGCCCCCAGAACCACAAAGGAAGGUGGUGGACUUGGAGAAAAAUGAAGAGGAGGCCUUUGGUUUUGAGAUUCAGACUUAUGGCCUUCACCACCAAGAACCAAACUCCGUAGAGAUGUGCACGUUCGUGUGCCGGGUGCACGACGGCAGCCCGGCCCAGCUAGCAGGACUUAAAGUUGGGGACACCAUUGCAAGUGUGAACGAGACCGCCGUGGAGGGAUUUCUGCACAAGGACAUCGUUCAGCUCAUCAGGUCAUGCGGCAACACACUGAGGCUGGAGACGGUUUACAGUGACUCAAUCCGAAAAGCUGAGCUCGAGGCCCGGCUGCAGUAUUUAAAGCAAACGCUUCAUGAGAAGUGGGAUGAAUAUCGUUCGUUGAUGGUGCAGGAGCAGAGGCUUGUCCAUGGUAUCGUAAUGAGCGACGCUGCUCUGUACGAGUCCCUGGAGUCUGCAGGAAUCUACGGCAGCCUCGGAGCUCCCAGCCCCGCGGCGCAGAGAGCCCUCCACUGCAACGGCAGCACCAGCAGCAGCGCCAGCCUCCUCAGCACGGCCACCGAGGACGACCCGCUCUACCAGACCUGCCAGUACCACUCGGACAGCUACAUGGACUCGAGCAGCGCCGACAAACUCAAUGAGCAGCCGCCUUCCCAGAGGCAGCAGCGCAUCCGACCGACCAGCGAACUCCUCACCGUGACCAAGACUCACCUGACCCGCAGCGCCAGCACGCGCAGCUACGUGAGGGGAUCUUCGUCAUCCUCGUCGUCCGUGGGCUCGGCGGAGAAACAGGGAGGAUUCGGCUCGCUGCAGAGAAAACCCAAACAGAAGAGCUUCCGCAGGCGUCUCCUCAAGUUCAUCCCAGGUUUGAAUCGACCGCUGGAGGAAGAGGAGAGCAAACUGUGAGCAAAGGACAGAAAUAAAGACUAAAAACAACAAAGACUUUCAAACUAAAGUGCCAAAGAGAACAGCAAAUAGCCUCCAAAGAGGCUGUUUGCUGAAGCCUGACACCAAAGCAAAGUGGCUGCAUUGCUGGAAAGACCAGUGGACAUAACUUUUGCUUUGGUCUGUCUCAACUUCUAAGUUAUUUAUUUAUUUUUACAUGUUCUUCUCAUGCAGAAAGAAUGAUGUUUCUUUUUUUUUUUUU